AUGAGCUGGAAAGGCACGUCUAAAGCUUUUGGGCGAAUGCCCCAACAAGUUUUAUCAAAGACUGGAAUUCGUUCAGCAACGAAGGAUCGUCGGUUUGAAGAUGUGAACAGUCAAUUCAAUGAAUUAACAAAAAUGACCGAAAAGUUUCAUAGCGAUGUUAUCAAAUUCCGAGAUUCCAUGUCAAACAUGAUCAAUUACCAAGCAAACACCGCUGAUUUGUUAGUCGAAUUAUACGAAAACAUCCAGGGUGAGGGUUCGUCCGAAGGAUCGGUUACUCGCCGUGUGAAAACACCUGCCCGAUCUAUGAAGGCAGUAGAAACAUAUUCGGGCAUAAUGUCCGAAAUUAGAGAUUUAGUAUUACCGGAAUUGGAUACAAUUGAUGUUAAAGUCGUAGAACCAGCUGUAGAAUUUAUGAAGAUUAUUAAGGCAAUCAAGAAGACAGUCACCAAGCGUGAUCACAAGAAGGUAGAUUACGAUCGAUACAAACUUAACUUGACGAAGCUUCAAGAAAAAAAGGAGAGAUCGCUAAGCGAUGAAAAGCAAAUGUUCAAGCUGGAAGAACAGUUCGAUCAGGCAACACAAGAUUAUGAGUAUUAUAACGACAUACUCAAAAAAGAGCUUCCACUUUUCUUUGAAUAUCGAGUUGAAUUUAUUGAACCAGUAGUCGAAAGUUUUUAUAAUAUACAACUAAAUAUUUACGGUAUAUUAUUGGAACGGUUUGAACAAUUAGUCGAAAUAGGGUACUUCGAUACCGAGUCAGAUUUAAUACGCCACUUUGAAAGCAGAAAAGAAGAAAGCCAUAAUCUACUUGAAGAAUUAACUAUAAUCGAUCGACGAAAGCAAGAAAGAUUGACUGUUCCCCAAGAGGCUAGGCGCUCGCGUUCUUCUGACACCAGCUCUGCACGAUCUUCCGGUCGCACGUCAAAUUCUAAUAGAAUUCGCUCGCAUUCUCCAGAUUACAGAACCACACAUUCCGAAAGAGAUCACUACGAUGAAGAUGAGGACGACGAUGCACCUCCUGAAUAUACACCUACACCUGUGGUUACAAGUCCUAAACCAAGAAAGGCACCCCCUGAAUAUAGUCAAAAGCCGAAAAUCGAACCUCCGGCAUAUAGUUCCAAACCCGUGGUGUCAAUCCCAAAGCCCAAGAAGGCGCCACCUCCUCGUCCACCAAUAGCCCCUAAGCCGAAACUUACGCGAUAUGUGAUCGCCUUGUAUGAUUAUGACGCGCAAGCUGAUGGAGACUUGUCUUUUCGAAAAGAUGAUAAGAUAGAGGUAGUCGAACGGACCCCUGAUGUCAAUGAUUGGUGGAAGGGAAGGUUAAAUGGAAAAGUUGGCAUGUUCCCUGGUGACUAUAAAAUCUUUUUUUCAAUUUCAUCCUUCAAUGCAAGAAUACCCAAAUUUAUGUACUAA